UGCCGUGGAGCGGCCACACCUGAGCAGGUUGAGCUGAGAGGAGACAUGGCAGGCCAACAACUCCACCCCCUCCGCUCCCGUCCUGUUGAGAAAUCUGCGGAGGUUCUCAUCGGUGAGGUUCAUCCAAAGCACGCUCCGACACUGAUCCGCAACAACUGCUUUUAAACUGCUGUUGGAUACCUGAGUUGUGUCUGUGCCAUUUCAGCUGAAUAAAGCUUCCCCUGUCUUCCAUCAGCAGGAAGAGAAGACAGGCUGUGAACAAACCUCGUCAUGAACUGGGCAUUCCUCCAGGGCCUCCUCAGUGGGGUGAACAAGUACUCCACAGCUUUUGGCCGAGUGUGGCUCUCUAUUGUUUUCCUCUUCAGGGUCAUGGUGUUUGUGGUGGCAGCAGAGAAGGUAUGGGGUGACGAACAGAAAGACUUCAAAUGCAACACGGCUCAACCCGGGUGCCACAAUGUCUGCUAUGACCACUUCUUCCCCGUCUCCCAUGUCCGGCUGUGGGCCCUGCAGCUCAUCUUUGUCACCUGCCCCUCUCUCCUGGUGGUGAUGCAUGUAGCCUACAGGGACGACAGGGAAAGGAAACACCGGCUUAAGUAUGGCGAGAACUGUGACCGCCUCUAUGCGAACACGGGCAAGAAGCGCGGAGGCCUGUGGUGGACCUACGUCCUCACAUUGGUCUUUAAAAUAGCUGUGGACGCCACCUUCGUCUACCUUGUGUACCACAUCUACGAAGGCUACGACUUCCCCUCGCUCAUCAAGUGUGAACAGGAGCCAUGUCCCAACAAGGUGGACUGCUUCAUCGCUCGGCCCACUGAGAAACGAAUCUUCACCAUCUUCAUGGUGGUCACCAGCCUGGCCUGCAUCGUCCUCUCUAUUUUCGAAAUCGUCUACCUGGUUGGUAAAAAAUGCCGUGAAUGUAUCAUCUCGUCACACAACUCUCGCCGCAGCACGACCAACAGGAUGCACAGUGGAAGCAACCUGAUGGAGUCAGACACUCUAAAGGUGCCUGGCAAAACCAGCCCUGAAACGCCUGCUCCUUCAUACAGCCUUGCUAUAUCUUGAAAUGCUGAGAAUAAAGACAAAGACUUCAUGAAAAACUGUCUUUGGAAAGGAAAUAUGCUUUUCCUCCCGCUACAGGCGCUCCCUUAAAAGCAGACAUUUGUGUGUUUAGAGAUUGAACUACGUUCUUUACCGUUUUUGUGUCCACUGUCAGAAAACUUGAAAUUCUGGACCACAAGGCAUGUGUGUCAUUGAUCUGGAAUGUGGUCACUGUUGUGGAUUUCAGUCAGAGUAUUCACAGAUAUAUAUAUUUUUAACAGAUGGAGUUCUACAGCCCUUGCAAAGAAAAUCAAGUCUGUGUAAUUUAGAUUUAGCCUUGAGACCAAUUACAUGAGUCACUUGGUGGUUUGGAGAUGGUUUUUCACAAACACAAGUGGUUUGCUGUGUAAAGUUUUCCUUCUACUCGUUGCCAAACCCACGGAAUGUUUAGUUCAAGCUGUACUGCGUCUUCUACCUUCCAUUACAUGUUCAUAUCUGACUCUUUGUGGAUACUGUACUUUAUGUAAUUUAUCAACAUGUUUGAAAGAUUGUGCUGUUGUGCGUGUUAUUGUUCUGACCUGUUUAAACUGCUUCCUGUACACAAGCAGUAGAUAGCAAUGAAGUCAAAAUGCAGAGUUGUGAACACAGCUGGCAAUAAUAUCAGGAUGUGCAUAUU